UCAAGCUUUACAAGAGGAGCAAGCGUCGACACGCGCCGGCCAUGGACGAGCUGCUCUCCCCGUGCUCCUCCUUCUUCGCCCCGCCUUCGCCGCCGUCCAACGAUUUCUCCCCCGCCGGGCACGGGCAGUACCACCAGCAGCAGCAGGUCCUCGAGUUCGCCUCCUGCGACGUCCCGGAGCAAUGGCUGCUGGGCGACAUCUACGUGUCCUCGGCCAAGAGUGAGGACAACGGGGACGACUACGGCAACCUCAUGACGUGGCCGCACGCAGCUGCCGGGUGCUCUCUCUCGCCGGGCUCCGACCUCUCCGACCUCCCGGCGGCGGCGCCGCACAGCACGGUCGGCAGCAGCUGCGUCGUACUUCCGGCGUCCUCGACGCCGCAUCGGGCCGGGCCCGCUACGGCGGCAAAGCGGCGCGGGCGGAAGCCCGGGCCCAGGCCCGAGGGCCCGACCGUGAGCCACGUGGAGGCCGAGCGGCAGCGCAGGGACAAGCUGAACCGCCGCUUCUGCGACCUCCGCGCCGCCGUGCCCACCGUGUCCCGCAUGGACAAGGCCUCCCUCCUCGCCGACGCCGCCGCCUACAUCGCCGAGCUGCGCGCCCGCGUCGCGCGCCUCGAGGACGAGGGCCGCCAGGCGGCCGCCGCCCGGUGGCCACCGGACGCCACGACGACGACGAGCGGCGCCGCCGCCUCCGCUGCCGUGCCGCACUUCCCCGCCGACGAGACGGCGGCAGCGGUGGAGGUGAGGAUGGUGGGGAGGGAGGCGGCGGCGGUGCGGGUGACGACGGCGGCGGCGCACGCGCCGGCGAGGCUGAUGGGCGCGCUCCGGGCGCUGGAGCUGCAGGUGCAGCACGCGUGCGUGAGCCGGGUGCAGGGAGUCACCGUGCAGGACGUCGUGGUGGACGUGCCCGCCGUGCUGCGGCAGCAGCAGCAGCAGGGCGACGACGGCGGCGGCGCCCUCCGAUCCGCGCUGCUCCAGAGGCUACAAGACAGCACCGCCUAGCUAUAGCUACUCCUAGUUCACUAGCUAUAGCUAGAGCUAGCCCCCCUAUUCGUCUUCGCGCGCAAGCGCACGUACAUAGGCCGCCAUUAAUCCAGCUGGAGUUUAACGUACGGCUACACAUCACCAUGGUUAAUCUGCUGUCGUGCUCCUGCAUGCUGCCCUCCGCGAAGAAAUAAAUCGAACAAUGGGAUUCACCAAGAAAAAUGACCAACGAACAAGGUUGAUAAAUUUGGAUUGAUAGCUACGUAGCGGUUAAAAAUGUCAGGCCCUGAUGGGGUAAGUACGGACGUGCGCACUUGUAUAUCGUACUGGUACGGCAUUAUCAUUGUUAAACGUGAUAAUAACUUGAAAACUUUAUCUUCCGUGA